UGUAGCUAAGCGGCCCUGUAAACCAAAACAAAGCAACGUGAGCCAUGUAAAUAGACCGACGUCUUCUCCUAUGUUCAAAAGCAAGUAUGGCAACCGCAGGAAAGGAAGUCGCGAGAGUCGCUCUGAGAUGCCAGGCUGCAAAGGAAGAGAAUAGACUAGAUCUUUCCCAGUGUUCUUUAAUGAUGGUGCCAGAGGCUGUGUUUUUCCUCAUGAAGCAUAUCCAACUUGAGAGCUGUGAUUUGUCUGCCAAUGUGCUGAAGAGAAUUCCAUCCAAACUUGGUAUUAAGUUCAAUCAUUUAACAGAACUUAAUCUGUGCAGUAACCGCCUGGUGGAUCUUCCAGCAGAGAUGAAGGAAAUGACAGAACUGAAGACACUGGAUAUCUCUCACAACAACUUCCCUACUCUUCCCAAAGUCAUCUACAAGCUCAACUCUCUCUCCACCAUCAAUGCUGAGAAAAACAUCAUCACAGAUGUGGAAGUUAACAAGCUGAACACAAUGACAUCACUGCAUGAAGUCAACCUUCUGGAGAAUCCUCUUCCCAGCAGUCUUUGUGAGGCGCUUAAAUCCAUCCAGCUGUUUACUGUACAUUUCACAGAGCCAGAGGAAACCUUUGAUAAAGUGGAUUAAAUAUUGCAAAAACAGUCAGUUGUACUCUGUACUUCAUCACAUUCUUAUUAACACACAGUAAACAUUCUGAUUUGAUAAGAAAAUUCAUUGAAAUAGUAGUUUAAAGGGAUAAUAACUCUUCAUUUUGGCCAAAAAAUGAAUUUUCCUGGAGUAAAUAACAAUUUUCCCAUA